AAGAAGAAGGAGUAAGAGAAGGUAGGGACCGAUGUUGAUAGGUAGGGGAACUGAUUGGCUGAGUUGUAAGUUAGUGUUGGACUGCAUUUAGUUGGUUUCUUGAAAUUGCCGCGCGCCUCUGUAGAACGGUUUAAACUUUCUGUCAAUUAUAUUGAUAGAGCAAACGUGAAAGUUUGACCAGUGAAAAGUUUUUACUGCAUUAUUUUUGUUAACUGGCUCUGCACACUAGUGCAAAAAUGCCGACAGUGGUGAAAGAUGACGUGGGUGAUGUGGAAGCCAACCUGGACCUUCAUACAGUGCCCGAUGACGUCAUCAAGUAUGCACGCGAAAAACUACACGAAACACCCGAAAACAAAGUCAGAGCAAUACAGGAGCUCAGGGACAUGGUCUAUGAGCGAGGAGAUGUGACCCCUAUUCGAAUGGACGAUGCCUAUCUAUUAAGGUUUCUCAGAUCUCGUAGCUUUAAAGUGGAAUCUGCUUAUAGACUGUUGGUAAAUUAUGGAAUAUUUCGGGAGAACAAUGCACACUUCUACGAGAAUGUGAACCCUCUGGAUUUGGGAUUUCUGGGAGACGCCGAUGUUGUCAGUGUGCUGCCCUACAGAGAGCAAAAUGGCCGACGCAUCAUGAUCUACAAAUUAGGCAAAUGGAAGCCAAGCGACUACCACAUAGACGAAUUAUUUAAGGCGUCUCUGGCAAUUUUGGAGCUGGGAAUGCUGGAACCAAGGGCGCAAAUUUUGGGAGGGGUUGUCAUCUGGGACCUGGCGGGUCUCACCCUCAACCACGCCUGGCAAAUCACCCCUACUGUCGCCUCCAAGGUCAUUGAACUAAUGGUGACUAGUUUCCCAAUGAAGACUGCUGCCAUUCAUAUAGUGAAUGAAUCCCGUAUCUUUGACAUGAUCUUCCGAGUAUUCAAACCACUACUGGGCAAAAGAUAUAGGGAAAUUAUGUUUUUCCACGGCGACGAUAUGGAGUCACUGCACAACCACAUUGACCCCAAGUAUCUGCCAGAGAUCUAUGGAGGGAUCCGGCCGCACUACUGUUAUAAGGACUGGUUUAGGACACUCAGUCGAAACCCAGAGAUUGUUAGAGAAAUGAAGGAGCUGGGAUACAUACACGAGGUUUAUGAUUGAACAUAAUAAUUAUGCAUCAUAAUACACUGAAACUGUAUCAAAAUGAUACAUAAUAUUACCAUCAUGGAGAAUAUAUUUAUGUAAAGAAGCAACGACACUGUACAUACAAUUGAGCACUGAUUACUGAAGACAAUAAGAUGGGACAUAAGUUUGCUAGAUUUUUAAAUGUUUGAUACCAUUGUAUUUUAAAGUUCUUUACUUAAUAUUGUUAAUCUGUAAGAUUAUUCUAUUUUUUAUAUAGAUUUUAAGAUUUUAAAAGAAUAGUAAAGAAAUUUAAUAUUUAU